AUGACCCAACCUGCUGGCACUCGCACGUCGCUGACUCUCCCACCACUCACCUCAACUCAAGAACACUUUCUCAAGAAGUACUUGAUCGAAAUUCAGCUCAUUAAGGAAUUACACACUUUGAAUGAUCCCAAUUGUUGCCAAUUUUUGGGUCCCCCCUUUAAAGUCACUUCCAAUGUGAAAACCACCCAGCCACUCCCACUUCUUUCGUUCUACUUCCACAACUUCAUCACCACAUUCCCCUUCAUAACUAACAAUCCCCCUGAAGACCAACGUAGGUUCUGGCAAGACACGUUGCAACCCUUCAUUACCUCCUUCAACGCAAAACCCAUAAGUGAAUCACAGGACAGAGUUGAACUCACAACCAAAAGAAAACAAGUCAACGCCAAAAUACUUUCUGGCUUGCUUGUGUUUUUCAAUUCCAUGGUUACAACCAAAAAUGAAUUACUGUAUUGGCAUGACACCACCCGGUUGAAACCUGCUGAUGUGGGUAAGCUCGACGGCAUAUUGCACGCUAAUGCAAAAGACGACCACCAGAAACCAGUGGGGUUGAAUGAAUAUAAGCUGAUGAGGUUUGUCAAUGAUUUGUUUAUCAAUAUCGUGGCCGUUAGACUGGUGGGCGAAACCAAGUCUUCGACAUUCACGUGGUUGAGGUCUGACGAAGAUAAGCACAACUAUGAGUUUGUUAUUCAGGUGGUGGGACGGCUGGAGGAGAAACACAGCACAUACUUUAUUACCCGUCACUACUCCCAAUUCGCAACUUUGCAUUCACAAUUGACUAAACAAUUCCCGGGAAUUAUGAAGACCCAAACUAUCAACUUGCCAUCAAAGAUUAAACAUGAUGCCGGAACUAAUAAAUUAACAAGAGAAAAAUUGAGGCUUGCAUUGAGAGGAUACUUGCGGUCAUUGAUCACCCAGGCUGAAAUCAUCCAUUUUCCAAAGUUUAUCACGUUCAUUGCUCAUAACCGUUUUUACAAACUCUCUGAAUCUGAUCUCCAGGAUUAUAAAGAUCGUAUCCAACAUGAAUCGACCCUCAUUGACACGCAAUACGAGUUCCAACAGCAAACCACCAAAGUCAUGGUGCAGCUCACGGCCGAUUUUGAAAAUGUCAAGAAUCAACUUAUCAUGAACCCCAACGCCAUCACGGAAAUCUUUCAAGAUUUAGGCAAGACUUCUGAUAUUCACAAGUUAUCACCAGUGUUGAAGACAUUCAAUGAAUGGUGUAAAUUGCAAGUUUCCAGUACGAUUUACCAAACGUUUCUCAGCCAGGAUAAUUCUAAUGAAUGGUUUUCCAAAUGCCGAAAGUUCCACAAGUUGUUCCCAUACUCCAUUGUGUAUACCAUUUUGAAAUUCACCAACCCGGUGAAGAUCAUCACCAAGAUUGUGGAUUUACUUUUGGUAGAAUUGCCUAGUUUCUCAUGGAGCAGUGACAAGAAACAACUGCAUAAUUUAUUAUCGAUGAUAUUCAUCAUGUUGUUGGAUGAAGAUUUAAGCGAUUAUGAGAAGGAAUUGAAUCAGUUGAAGGGCCAACACUUGAACCAAAAAAAGUUUGAAUGUGUAUUAUCUCGGAUUGAUCAGUAUAAUGAGUUGACGUAUCUUGAAAUCGACCUGAUCAAACAAGAAUCGAUAGAGUUGGGACAAGAAAUAUUUGUAACAGUAUUAACAACCAAACAAAUUGAACCCGCAUUACCUGAAUCAACAGUUGAUGAAAUCCUAUCCACCCCGCAUCUCCACCUGUGUGUCAAACAAUAUUGGCAACUUGAAGUGCGUAAACGUGACAAGAACCUCUUUAAGCAACUUUGGACCGAGCCGGAACUCACCCGACUCAUUAAGGAAUUCCUUACCAUUUUCUACCAACCAUUGAUGAAGAUCUUUGCCAAGAGUGAUGUGCACCUUGUUUUUCUGUCGUUUCACAAAUUUAUGGAUGAUUUAAUGAAUUUGUUGACUACGAUAACCAACGAAGGAAUUUACUACAUGACUUCAUUUGAGAUAUACGACUCGUUGAAGUCGUUAUUAGACAACCAUGAAGAGAUACUUUGGGAAUUCAUGCACAACGUGUAUUGCAAAGACGACCAACACUUGUUUCUCAAGCUUAUUCAAUGGAUUGAGAAGUUUAUGAUUAUGAUUCGCAUGAAGUUUUCCAACCCCGAGGCAGUCACGGUAACAUUAACCAGCUCAGUUCCGAUUGAUGCUGAUUUGUUUAUGAAACAGUUGACCAGUCGAACUUCAAAAAUUGUAGAAAAAAGAAGGUUGUUUAGAGAGUAUGCGAAAAAGUCAGCUGAGGCAACCACGGCCCAGGAAAAGAUUGACGAGAAAUGGAAGGAAAUGAAUGAAGGUAUAUUCGGAACGAUAUCCAGUGAGGAGUUCGGGGUCGGUGGAGAAGAUAUCCAAGAAUUCAAUGAUUUGACAGAAUUGGAUAAUUUGAAAUUGAAAUCAGCUCCCAACGCAACUGAGCGGGAAUUGAUUAAUCGACUUGCUAACUUGGAUAAACUUGAUGAUUUUGGAACUAGUGAAGUGGACAAAUUGGAGUCGGAAUUUGAACAACAAUUGAUAUCGUUGUUCAGUAAAAUCAAUAUGGAUUAG